AUGUACGUCAAAAAAGGGGUGGAGCCUAGUAAUAGUCUCCAGCAAAGUGGAGAUCCUCCCACCAGAAGACUUUCUUUCUUUCUUCCUUUCUUUCUUUCCUUCUUUUCUUUUCUCGGAGAAGAAGAGGAGGACCACGAAGAGGAGCAGAAAGUUCGCAGAAGUCCAAGAAGUGCAGCGGAGAUACCAGCGGCAGGACUAUGGCAUGUUUCUUCCAUGAGUAGAAGAAGUGGUUAGCUGUAGAAGAAGUAGAAGAUGCAUCGUCCUGCAGACAUGAUGUCUUCUCUGUGCGUGCAAGCGUGCAGGACAACACACCGUUACAGAACUUUCAUGAUGGAGGAAAUCCUCACGGAUCACCAACAACAACAACAACAACAACACCACCACCACCAACAACAACAACUACUACAACAUCCACACAAACUUUCUGCUCCCACAGGAGAACUUCUCAAGUUCGGAGUCAACACGCUCUUGUCCACUGCAGCCUUUCACAGCAUGCAUGUGUUAAAGGCGGACCAUGAGAACCUGGUCAAGUUCUCCAUGUCUCCCCUCGGACCUCCGCUGCUGUCCGCCUCCUCGACCCUGCAGCAGCACGGCGGCGGCGGCGCGUCUCACCACCACGUGCCGCUGGACCUGCACCUCCUGCGGGCUCACGUAGACCUGCAGGACGCCGCCGACGGCAAGAAGAACAAGAAAGGCCGCCGGAGCAGAACCGUCUUCACCGAACUACAACUUAUGGGUCUGGAAAAACGCUUCGAGAAGCAGAAAUAUCUUUCUACUCCUGACAGAAUAGAUCUUGCAGAGUGUUUGGGUUUGAGUCAGCUUCAAGUGAAAACUUGGUACCAAAACAGGAGGAUGAAGUGGAAGAAAAUGGUGCUGCAGGGAGGCGGCUUGGAGUCUCCAACUAAACCCAAAGGUCGACCGAAGAAGAAUUCCAUCCCCAGCAGCGAGCAGGAAAGAAAUGUUGCUGCUGCAGAAACUACGAGUCAAGAAUCGAACUCGCACUCGGACCACACGCAGCUGCAAUGACGUCGUCA